GAUCACACUCCAACACAGUAGGUGGCGGCAAUGCCCCAUAAUUAACGUUUGUGCCGGCCGCGGAAGAAGAGCGUCUCUGAUCCAGCAUGCACAGCCCACGUGAUCACAACAACGACAACGCGUGUGCUUGCAGCAAAUGUCGGCUGUGUGGAAGUAUUUUAACCUAAACUCGGACAAAGACGUUGCCGCUAAAUGCAACAUUUGUCAGGCGCAAGUGUCCCGUGGAGGGACAGAACCGGGAAGGUUCAAUACAAGCAACCUCAUCGCACAUUUGAAAAAACACCACAAAAAAAACAUGAGGAUUUUCGCGAGAGCUGCAAGGCGAAGCGACCUCUGGCUCGCUUCAGCAACCCACGCUGACCGAAAGCUUUGCAAGACGUGACAAACUACCACGGGACAGCAAAAAGGCAAUGGCCAUAACAGAAAAGAUAGCCCAGUUUAUUGUGCUUGAUGACCAGCCCCUGUCGGUGCAGUCUACAUGAACAACCUGAAUGACCCCCCUCGAUGGAACAUUCAACCAGACCAAGGAGAAGGAGGGGCAGGAGGAGGAGAUGGCAACCAAUGGAACUAUGCACUGCUGGUCCCUAUGCUUGGACUGGCUGCAUUUCGUUGGAUCUGGAGCCGGGAGUCUCAAAGAGAGAUCGACAAUGUCAAAUCCCACUAUGAGAAGGAUGUGUCCAUAGUAAAAAGCGAGGUGGAGGCGAGGUACCAGGAGACACUGACAGAAACACGCAGAGCAGCGGCUUCCUUGGAGCUGGAGCUGGAGAAGGAGAGACAGAGGGCGCAAGGCUACAGACAGGCCAUGAUCUCCCAGCGCCAGCAGCUGGUAGAAGAACGCAAACGGUUACAGAAGGACCGUGAGAGGCUGGAAGAAGAGACGCAAAGACUUAUCAAGUCUGGAGCCGCAGGGACUGUGCUGCAUCACGCCCUGGAGCAACAGAACGACUGGUUCCAGAGAGCCAACGCCAAGCUGCGGGAGCUGGAGACUCAGCUUGUGGAGCGGCAGAACGCCUAUUGUUCCCAUAUCCAGCCCAGAGAUAAGCGCCUGGAGAUGGAGAAGAACAUUCUGCUGAAGGCUGUCAAAGAGCCCGUUGCAGAUGAACUUGAUCUGGAGGCUGAUUUAAAAGAUAUAUUUAAGAGAGAUAAGCAUUGUGCUGACUUGCUUAACAUGGACAAGAGGAAGAACGGAAGUCUCAUGUGGGUGUAUCUCAAGUACUGGCAGCUGCAGGUCACUGUUCAGAAACAUAGGAGAGCCGAGCAGGCCAUUCUAGGAGGGAACAUGAAACCCCAAACUAAAUGAUGACGAGGCAAUCUUUUAAGACUAAAAUAUUGUUUUGUAUUUCCCCCCGCAAUUUUUCACACAUAUUUACAGUGUCUUUAAGAACAAAAUUAACAAUAAUCUAACAAUAGUAUUAAGCAGAUAAAUUGAGGCAGAAAACGUUUUUUUAGUCAGCAAUGCACACAUUCAGCGACACACAGGAGUUCAUUAAAGCAGGCCACAAGGUUAUUCACUUGUACUUUAACAAGCAGGAGCUGCCCCUGUCGCUGCCAUUCCAAUCACGAGGCUCUUUCAGGUUUCCCGUAAUCGGCCGAGAGCCCAUUCUCAACUGUCAGCUAUUUUAAGUGUCAAGAUUGGUAAAAAAUAAUCGUUUUGCGUCACAACAAAACAACUCAAGCAGAAGAACGAUGAGUUAACAAGGUACAUUUAGGACAAGUUUAUUUUAAAACUAGUACUGUCAAAUGAUAUUUUUUUUAAAUCAGACUAAUCACAUUGGAAUUUAGAUUAAUCAUGAUUAAUUACAGGUUAUUACUGACGUGCCUAAUUUGAAAAAGACCCCAACAUUUGGACAAAAAUGCAAUUUUUAUUGUCAGAAUGUUCUUCAGGAACACUUUUUAAAAUGUUUUACUUGAAUGCACAUCAUUUGUUUGUUUAAAACUUGGUAACAGUUGUAUCUAAAGUUCUGUGUAUACAUGAUUAAUGCAAUACUUUUUUGUGAUUAAUCACUUAAAGUUACUCCAUUAUUUUUCCAUCUCCUAUUUAAAACACAGUUUUAUACAGAUAUACUGCAUUAAGUGGGGGUCCCCCGCUCCUAUCUCCAUCAGUUUGACGGUCUUGGAAAACAUUGAAUCUUUAAAAAAUGUAGCUCAGGAAUGAAUAAUCGGGAAUGUCUUCAUGAGGAAAGUAUAUGCCAUUUUGUCACAUUUGGGAAACGCAAUGUAGAUCAAUUGUACCCCAAAUUAGGACUCACUAGCUUUACCUAUGAGAUAAUUGUGCUUCAUUUAAGAUGAUGUCCACAUUUGAUACACAAUGCAGGAUUGAAAUAUUUUUAUUUAAAACAGAAUUUGUGUAAUUGAACUAUAUUUUCAAUUUAUGUGUGCCAUGUUUUCUGAAUGGACCAUUUAUUUUGGCUCCUCUUAAGACAAGGGCUGAAAAGGGAACACAGGUAACAAAACACACACACUAAAUUACAAUCGUGAGGAUCUAAAUUAUGUUGGACGACAGUUCGUCUUGGAAUUCAGUAGAUUAUGUUUAACUAUUAACUAUUUUAUGGGAGCCAGAACUUUUAUUUGGUAAAAAUAUUGACGAUACCUGACAGUCAGCCAAACUUAAAAAGGUACUGUUUUAUUGUGUAGCAUAUUCUGGUGAAUGAAAACUGGAUUUAAUGUUGAGAUAAAAAUAAAGUCCUCACAAUAAAGUUUGGUUUAAGAACUCCAUCUAUGUGCUUUAGUUUCCUCAACUCAAAAGUAAACUGAUAUAUUUUUUUUAACGAAUGAUAUACAUUUACUUACAUGAACUGAACACCUCAGGGGGUCUUGAUGAAAACUGAGGCCCUCUUGUCCAACGACAGGAACCUUUGACCUCACCAAUGUUCUUCCAACAAGUCAUUCCAGAGGACUGUAAGCUGUUCUAGGUGCAAAGGGAGGCACCAACUCAAUGGUAGGGCAUAUAGAGCUAUUAUGGAAUGUCAAAGAAACUGCACUGCUACUGAAGCUGUACGCUGACUUCUCUGAAGCAGGGGUCUGCAACUCCUAGGGGGCCAUGAACUUGUUAAUUAGACUUUUGAAGAAAGAAAAAAAAAGUAUAUUCCCUGGCAAUUUUUUUAUUUUACAAAUGUGCACAUCUUUAAAUAGACAUGAUCACUUAACACACUGCAGUGAACAUCCCUGUAGGACCUGUUUUUGUGUAAGAUGUAUUAGUAGGGGGUCCCCGCUCUCUCUCUCUCUCUCCAUCAGUUUGGGGAUCCCUGAACUGGAAAACAUUGGACCCCUUCUCUAAAGUAUACUACAUUUCCAUGUUAUAGUAGUGUCGCU